GGCGGGAUCCACAUCCCUGUAUCACAUCCAGUCUUCAGUGUUAUAUGGUGCCACUCUCAAAUAAAUUAGGCAGACCAAUCCAUGGAUGGAUUAUUUGUAUGGAUGGACCUGUCCGGCACAGGCCCCGGGACUCAGGACCCAAAUGUCAGGAAACGCAAAAUGACCCCAAACGACUAUGAAAGCCCCUCAAAAUGUCAAGAAUGAGAGACAAAAUAAUACAACUUUCUGUCCGGAGGUCUUGUCUUCUCUACUUCUCUACGCCCAUUUUCUCUCUUACCCAUCACAAUUUCCUGGAGCAGCUAAGUCAUGCCUGCAACUCCCUUGAUCUGUCUGAUAAAAAAAAAACGGAACUCCCUACAUUUGAGAGGCUGAAGAAGCUGAAGUGAAUAUAUAGUAUAAUAUAUAUACUCAAGUAAUACUGUAAUGCCAGAGUACAACGACCUCUAAAUGAAAUGUAUGGUGUUGAUUUUUGUUUAAUGUUGAUGAUUGGCAGUUUGAAAGGACCGCAGUGAGUGAAGAUUGAAAGCGGGGACAGACAGAGAGAGAAAUAAAAGGAGAGAUAAACAGAGCAGAGGAGAGAGAGAGAGAGAGAGAGAGAGAGAGAGAGAGAGAGAGGGAGAGAGAGAGAGAGAGAGGCGCUGAGUGGUUUCAGCACUUCGGCUCGUGGACAGCAGCGCAUCACCAUGCAGCUCUCCGUCCGUUCACUCGCGUGAGCGCACUGUUUCCUCCUCCAACUCGCAGGCAGCCUCUUCUUCGCACUUCUCUCUUUGCUCCUUUCUUAGUCGUUUCAUUUCAAAACAAGAAAAAACAACUAAAGUAGAAAAUGGAGUGCACCACGCUGAGCAGAGAAGGAGCGGGGCUCGCCAAGCCGCCCAAACAUCUGUGGCGACAGCCCAGGACUCACAUACGGAUCAAACAGCGCUUCAACUCGGACACCGAGCGCUACCUGUGCCGGAACCGGACUCUGGAGAAGCUGCGACCCGGGCUGAAGAAACCCCGCAUGUCCUGGCCCUCCUCGCUGAAACGUUUUGAUGUGGAGAAUGGCCUGUCGGUGGGUCGCAGUCCACUGGACUCUCAGACGAGCCCGGGUUCUGGUCUGGUACUUCAGGCCAACUUCCCCCACAGUCAGCGCCGUGAGUCUUUCCUUUACCGCUCUGACUCAGACUUCGACCUUUCGCCCAAAACCAUGUCCCGCAACUCAUCCACUGCCAGCGACCUGGAGGAGGGAUUGAAGCAUUGGGAAGUCAAUUGGCUACCUCGGCAUGGAGAAGACAUGAUAGUGACUCCAUUUGCACAGGUUCUUGCCAGUCUGCGAACAGUGAGAAGUAACUUUGCUGUUCUGACACAUCUGCAAGAUCGUGUGGGAAACAAGCGGCCGUCAAGCAGCAACCAGCCAUCAAUGUGUAAGACAUCUCUCACAGAGGAGCCUUACCAGAAGCUGGCGGUGGAGACACUGGAAGAGCUGGACUGGUGUUUGGACCAGCUGGAGACGCUGCAGACGAGACACUCCGUCAGCGAGAUGGCAUCCAAUAAGUUUAAGAGGAUGCUGAAUCGCGAGCUGACGCAGCUGUCAGAGACAAGCCGCUCAGGGAACCAGGUGUCAGAGUUCAUUGCCAGCACCUUCUUAGAGAAACAACAUGACGUGGAGAUCCUGUCUCCAGCUCCUAAGGAGAAGGAGAAGAAGAAGAGGCCAAUGUCACAGAUCAGCGGUGUGAAAAAGGUCACACAGAGCCCCAGUUUAGCACCCGCCUGCAUCCCUCGCUUCGGAGUCAGCACGCCGCACGAGAGUCUGCUGGCCAAGGAGAUCGAGGACAUUAAUCGUUGGGGUCUGGAUAUUUUCAAGAUAGCAGAAUUUUCCGGGAACCGCCCUCUGACGGUGAUCAUGUACACCGUCUUCCAGGAGAGAGACCUUUUGAAAACCUUUAAGAUCCCAGUUGACACCUUCAUCACCUUCAUGAUGACCUUGGAGGACCACUACCAUGCUGAAGUAGCUUAUCACAACAACAUCCAUGCAGCUGACGUGGUGCAGUCCACCCAUGUCCUCCUGUCCACCCCCGCUUUAGAGGCGGUGUUCACAGACCUGGAGAUCAUGGCCGCUCUCUUCGCUAGUGCCAUCCAUGACGUCGACCACCCAGGAGUCACCAACCAGUUCCUAAUAAACACCAGUUCGGAGUUGGCGUUGAUGUACAACGACGCCUCCGUGCUGGAGAACCACCACCUCGCCGUGGGCUUCAAACUACUCCAAGAAGACAACUGCGACAUCUUCCAGAACCUCAGCAAGAAGCUGAGAGACUCCCUCCGCAAGAUGGUGAUCGACAUGGUGCUGGCCACUGAUAUGUCCAAACACAUGAACUUCUUGGCGGACAUGAAGACAAUGGUGGAAACCAAGAAGGUGACGAGUCUGGGAGUCCUGCUGCUCGACAACUACUCCGACCGCAUUCAGGUACUGCAGAACAUGGUCCACUGCGCCGACCUGAGCAACCCGACCAAACCGCUGGAGCUGUACCGGCAGUGGACUGACCGCAUCAUGGUGGAGUUCUUCACCCAGGGAGACCGAGAGCGGGACAAGGGCAUGGAGAUCAGUCCCAUGUGUGACAAACACAAUGCCUCCAUAGAGAAGAGUCAGGUGGGGUUCAUCGACUACAUUGUCCACCCUCUGUGGGAGACCUGGGCGGACUUGGUGCACCCUGAUGCUCAGGACAUCCUGGACACUCUGGAGGACAACAGGGAGUGGUACCAGAGCAUGAUCCCCCGCAGCCCGUCGCCCUCCAGCCCCGAGGAGCACCACGCCGAGGUGGGGCCAGGAGGAGGAGCUGUGGGAGCAGGAGGAUCUGUCCCCUCAGGAGGGGGAGGGGGAGGAGGAGGAGGAGGUGGAGGGGACAAGUUCCAGUUUGAACUCACGCUGGAGGAAGAGGAGGAGGAUGAGGAGGAGUCUGACCUGGAGAGCCCCUUAGAGGACGAGUCCCAAUCAGGCGGGGAGCGGCACCGGGACUCCUCCUCCCCUUCCCUGUCUCCGGACCCCCGCAGCAGGUACCGCCCCCCCUCGCCUCACCCGUCUCGGACCCUGAGUCUGGCUGCCAUGUCGGUGCGGAGCCCCCUUCCCCACAGGACGCUGGCCUCCCCGAAACGGGAGGGCACCGACAGGGACAGAGAACUGAGCCAGGAGGGCGACGGGGUGGCCUGCCUGCGUAUGGGCACGUAACAACCAGCACAACCUGCCCCGCCUGAGAGACACGAGCGCUAGGUGUAGGGAGAGGGAGGCAGGGCAGGCCUCUACCAAUAAAGUCUGUAAAAUCACCACAGUCCCUUUACACUGGAGACACCCUCUCUGGAGAACAGAGCGACGUUCCCCCUCUGUUUUUUUUCAGCAAAGAAGAAUCGUUUUAGCCUCUCUUUGGGUGCCUGAUAAGCCUUUGUGUCCCAUCCUGCUUUGUUGUAGUUUCAGUUUAGAGUGUCCCAGACAAAGACUGCUGCAAUUUAACUGGGAAGAAGAGCGGAGCAGAGGCGUGACACUCUAACAAGUACAUAAGGUAAAGGAAAUGUCUUCCUCUAAAAUAACUGUCUGUGACAUUCGGACAAGAGCAGCGAUUGAGGAUCGCGGUGGUUCGACAGGGUCUCGGAGAUGAUUUUGCACCAUAGUUUCAGUUUAAUGUAUGAAAUGAUUGAGUCAGUUUGGAAUAAGUGAGUAUGAUUUCUUUGUUUGAGAAUGAUGUGGGCGAUGAAUCAUUUUACCAAAUACAGGAUCUAGGUGAGCAGUGAGAAAAUCGAUGGACCUAAACCUCAGGGUAUGAAGAGAAACUAAAAAUCUAAUGUAGCACAGAUGUAGUGGGUACCCCUGACCUGACCCCUGACCCCAAACUGUCUUUUCUGUUUGAUUUACCUCCAAACUAGAGACUUUAUUUAACCUGUAUGUCUCUACAUUUUAAUUAAAACCCUUUAAUAGAAAAUUUGGAAACUGAAGCAAUCAAAUAAUAAAUAUUUAAACCAGCUUGUAGCACCAGAGAUUAAACACUGAAAAAGACUGUGCCCCGGUCUCACCAGUUGGAAAUACAAAAGACACCACCUGUAUGAUUUGUUUAAGCUUUAUUUUUAUACCUGAGAUGAUUUUAAAUGGUGUCAUUGUUUUAGGUUUUGAUUUUCAGACAGUUCUUUGUUGUACAUUUGCUGGUCUUGUCUGUGUUUAUGUGCUUGAAAAGCAUUUUUUAUCAGGGUGCCUCUGGUCCGCAGUAGCACUUUACCGUCUCUGCUGUUCAGCUCUUCUAUUCAGUCACACAAAGGGCUUCACCCACCGUAGGCCUACCGAUCACACAAACACAGCACAGACAUCUGAAGCCAGGUACCAAUAGGCAGGGUGGGAAAGUAACUGGACUAAUGUCUCAACAGGGGAUUUGACCGGCUCAGAGAACACCAAAACUCACGCCCUUCUGGUGGUCGGCUAACACUGGAAUUAUAAGACUCCAGCUGCGUUUUGAGGAGUUUCAGCUACAGAGAUUUAGAUUCUCUAAAACUGCAGCAUUUGCACCUGACUGUCAUUUAUAACUACAGGUGCGAUAAGCUCAGUCAACUUUAAAACUAAUUCUUCCUUUCUUAGGCAAGUGAAAACCCUGCGCCUCCUGUAGUCCUGCAUCCUGCGAUCACAGCAGCCUUUCUAAACUUACAAAAUCUUUUUCAGAGUCUUGAUUUUAAAAGGCUUCUGUGUUGGUUGAUUUGGUCCCGUUGUUUGCUGUUUGGCCUCGUCUACAAAUUAAUAUUUUGUGGGCAACAUUUUUCAAUCUACAGAUUGGAACUCAGAGACUUUUGAAUUAAUUGUGAAUACCAUGAAUAUUCCGUUUCAGUCUUUAAAGUAAAGCUACUAGUAAUUAAAAUUUUCACUCUCUGACAUUUCAAAUGUCAAACAUCAGCCACAUGUCAAGGCUUGUCUGUUAUUCUGAUAAUACUAAUAGUGGAUCCUACAUUUACCAUAAUGCAACUCAGUAGUGUCUCAGACCCUCCCUGCCUUGUAAAUGCCCAGAUUUUUUUAAAAUCUGUCCCCUGCAGGGUUUCUAUCAUUAAUCAGAAAAUGAAUUAAUCAAAAUCACUAUGACAUCAUCAGGGUUUUUUUUUUUUCAAACGUUAGAAACCUCCUCGUCCCAUUAGACAUUAUACAGCUGUUUUCACAGGCUGUACUCAAAAUAAACUGACCUUCAUGUCUAAAAUAAGUAAAGUGCCCCUUUAAAUAAACUGCCCUCCUUUUUUUACUCAAACCAGUAAGGGUCUUAUAAUCCCAAAAUCAUUGUGGUGUUACUUUCUCACCCUGCCGACAGGGACUGCUGUACAGAUUACGAGGAGCACAGUUUCAGUCGUGAAUGGCCUGUAGUUCAAACUAAACCGAUUGUGUUCCAUCAGGUUAUCAGUCUUAUUUGGUCGUUAGUGCUCGACUGGGAUAACUGUGUGCCAUAAGUGUUGAAAACACACAAACACCUGCCAGCCUACGAUGCUGUACAUUUUUACUCUAGAGAUUUUAACCUGAUGAUUGUAUCAAAGUCAUUGACUUUAUAGUGUUAGUUUUUACGAAUGAUAGAUGUCAACAGUAUUUAAUGCAGACAAUUUAAUAGAUUUUGUGCAACUUAGGAUCAGUCUGUUCAGCCCUUUCCUAAUCAGAUAGCUGACACUUGAAAAUGUGUGUAGUUUCAGGAGUUUUCAUGACUCUUUCUGUACCAAGUAUACGUUCAGUCUAGAGCAGCGUUUGUCACCGUCAUUGAGGUAGAAAGACCAGGAAGUAAACAAACACUACACCGGAUAUGAUGCACUUCCAGGUCAGGCAGUAGUAGAAAACACUAGUCUAACAGUAUUUCAUUAAGUCAGCUAGUAAGCUUUAUUGAUCAGCCUUACAUGUGAUAGGAGAGGUUGGAACCUGGUGUUAAAAGACCAUUUUGCCGUUUUUAACAUGCCGAGCCUCAGAACGUGGUUUGACUCACUGUUCUCUCUUGAGAUGUUUCAAAGGUUCUUUCACAAAAACUGUAAAAAUAAGAAAGCUUCUUAUUGCCAGGCCUUAGAGUUGGUCAUACGGAAUCAGAAUACAUUUAUAAAACUUUGCAUUUCUAAAAUGACAAGAGUUCACUGUUGGUUUUAGCUUAACAACACCCGGGAAUCGUGAUAAAACAUGAAAAUUCACCAAACUCGAGCCAAAAGGGUUUUUUUCAUGACAGCGAUAUUCUGCUUCUGUCCUUUUACACACAUUUAUUCCGUCAUUUCACAGAAUAAAUAUUAUUUGCGAUCAAAGCAGUCACAUGAUAAUCGGAGAAAUUCAGCUAUGUAAAUCGUGUUUAGUUUUCCAUGUGUUCUGACUCCAUACUUUAUUUAGCAACAGUUAACCAUAGAUGCCUUCAUGUGAUGAAAAUGCCAUGUUAGCCUCAGCAGCCACAGAGCAUUUCUUUUGGUUAUUCACAGACUUUACCUCUAGCGCCAUCAACAGGACAACACAUUUAUACUUGCAUACAAGAAACGUCAUGAUCUAGCGGGCAUGUUGCCAUGAAAGGUGCUGAACGCUUUGUGGCCUUUUCUUUAGCAUCACCCUGACAAUGAACCUUACUUCUUUUAUUUAUUUUUUUACCUGCACUGGUAAAGCUCUAAAAAUAGCACAGUUGUCUGUUUUGUAUUUUACAUAAAGCACCUGCAUAUUGUAUUGUGUGAUGAACACUGCAGCCUAGUGGGGUUUUGAACUUUUACUCUGCCCUGUGGUGCUCUAACCAUAACUUUACCAUCAAUAUUCCUGUUUCUUUUUUAAGCCACCAAACAGAGACACCAAAUGUCUCUAAACAUUUGUGUGCAGUGUAAACUUCUAGUCCACCCAUAAUCACUGGAGCUGAGCCAAUAAUUCAGACUUCUUAACACUGGUUAAACAGUUUUCUGUUUUUACAGAGAGAAAACACAUUUCCUCAGGUUAGGUAAAAAUUUGAUAACGUGUUGAUGUUUAAGAAGAUGGAAAAGAGCUCAAACACCAAACAAGUUGAUAUUAAACCUUUGAAAAUAUGUGUAUUACAUUACAGUCUUUUUGAACCAUCUGCUUUAUUUUUCAGAAAGUAAUUUCAUUAUAUGAUUUAUGUUGGAAAAAAAAGUAAACCUAAAUGUAAAAAUCUUGUACAUUUUUAUCUAAACAGAGAUAAUACAGAUAUAACACAGCAGUGAUGUAGUCUGUUGUUAACACCAUUUGUUAACUCCUCUGGAGCACAGGGAGUGAUGCGUUUACUUAUCCAGUUUGUAUGGAAUAAACUAAAGCACAAGCAGUGAUAGCCACUGCGACUGAUCAGAAAAGCAACAUACAACACAAAGACGAGGACAAAUUAAUCACAUAAUGCUCCUAAUAAUAAUGCCUUUAUUUAAAACUCAAAAAGUAUUGAGGCCAAAGGCCUUACAAUGAUGUCAAGUAGAUACAAAAUAAUAAAAAUACAAUCAAUUAAAACAAACACAAUUAAUAAAUAAUAACAAUCAAUUGAAACAGGUACAGACAGAAGUUAAAAGGUUAUUGAUUAAUGACUUUAAAUGAUAAGGUACCACAUUUAUUUUAAAGUGACUUCCAGGUGGAGAGCUCAAAGAAGCCAAAAGCAGUUCUUCCAGGCUCAGUGUGAACUCGAGGGACAUGGAGCUUAAGCCAGUCAUUAGUCCUGGUGUAAUGUGGUCCAGUGGACCAACCUAACAUGGGAGUAAUAUAUGAAGGCAGCUUUCCAAUAAAGACCUUGCAUAUAAACAAAUGUAUGUGCAAAAGUGAGAGAGGACUACCCAAUCGUUUUGUACAGGAUGUAAUGAUGAAUGUUAUAACCAGUCAUCACCAGUAAUGAACCUGAGAGCGGAGUGGUAGACAGCAUCGAGGGGCUGUAGAGCUGUAGCCGAAGCAUGCCUAUACAAGAUGUCACCAUAAUUUAAAACUGAUAAAAAAAAAAAAAAAUUAAAAAAAGGAGGGGGGUGGGGUUCUGCAGUGCAAUGGGAAACAGGAUUUGUUCCCAAAGAUAAAGCCAAUUUUUUGCCUUAAUUUACUCACCAAAAUUGAUAGAUAACUUAUCAAUUUUGAAGCACUUCCGUUUGAUAUGAGCAAAACAUGUGAAUCUUUUUAGGAAAAAUACGUCACAUGUACAAGUUGAGCAUGGCAUUUCCAUCAUGUGGGAUGUUUGAAACACUGAACAUCUUUUUCCGACGCCCUUACAGUUUUACGUCAUGUGAAUGUGGAGUGUGUAGCUCAGUGAUCUGAGGCGUUUCAUCGGCAUGUUAAAUUCAGCACUGUGGCUCUACAGGAAGACAUCAGUGCCAUACAGUGUUAAAUGUGUUGACGAGCAGCCGAGUCUCUGCUCUCGCUCUGUUAUUGUGUUGCGCCGAUACUGCCACCAUUAAUGUUCAUGCCGUCUCGUUUCCUCAGCCUGUGCCGUGCAAACUUCUAUAAAGAUAUUUAUUCUUCAAAACGUUUCUGUCGAGACAAAGUACUGUAACAUAGGACAUUUGAUUUUAUGUUCUGGAGCCUAAAAAUCAAGUAUACUUUACAAGUAUGUAUACAUCUGCCACUCCAAUGUUUUUGUCAAAGAAAAAUAUAUUUUUGUUUCUCAUUUUAAGCCAAAAGAGUCUCGGGAGUUCAGGGUGUUUUAAGUGGAAAAUGCCAAUAAAUUAUAUGGAAAUUUA